AUGACUCAGUCUCCUGGAGCUGUAGCUGUUGUUCCAGGACAGACGGUUUCUCUCAGAUGUAAAGCCAGUACAUCUGUGAGUAAUGAUGUAGCCUGGUACCUUCAGAAACCUGGAGAAGCUCCUAAACUCCUGAUUUAUCAGGCUACAAACCGUCAGUCUGGAGUUCCUGAUCGUUUUAGUGGAUCUGGAUCUGGGACAGACUUUACUUUGACCAUCAAUGGAGUCCAGACUGAAGACGCAGGAGUUUAUCACUGUCAGCAGGAUCACAGCCGUCCGUUCACACAGUGA